AUGAUUGAAACGCAAAGCGGUCGAAAGAUCAAGACUCUCAUAUCAGACAAUGGUGGUGAAUAUAAGUCUGAUUCUUUCUUGAAAGUUUGUCAAGAUGAGGGUAUUGUGAGGCACUUCACAAUUAAGGAGACACCGCAACAGAAUGGGGUGACGGAGCUCAUGAACUGUACUUUGCUUGAGAAAGUUUGGUGUAUGUUGUCUAAUGCUGGUUUAGGCAAGGCGUUUUGGGCUAAGGCGAUUACUUAUGCAAGUCAUCUCAUUAAUCGGUUGCCUCCUGCUGCGAAUGAGGGCAAAACGCCCAUGGGGGGUAUGAAAAGCAAGUUGAAUCCAAGAGCAAAGAAAGCUCUAUUUAUGGGGUUUAGCACUGGCGUGAAGCGAUACCGACUCUGGUGUUCAAAUGAGAAGAAAUUUGUUGUGAGCAGAGAUGUGACUUUUGAUGAGGCUGCAAUGACUCCAAUUGUUCCAGUAAGGUAUGAUGUUACAUACACUAGUCCUACAAUUGAUUCUAAUGAUGAAUAUGAGGCAUCUACCCAAGAGUCUCCACAGCAACAAGAUUUUAUUGCAACCAGAAGAUCGAAUCAUAUUCCAUCCGCCUAUAAAGAAGCCGUCAAAAGUUCAGAGAGCGUGGAAUGGAAGAAAUCUAUGGAUGAGGAGAUGAAAUCUCUUCAUAAAAAUGAGACUUGGAAGCUGGUUCAGUUACCAAAGGGGAAGAAAGCAAUUGGUUGCAAAUGGGUGUAUAUGGAAUCUUUGGAAAAAGAUAAUAUAAGAUUCAAAGCCAGAUUGAUAGCCAAAAGUUAUGCUCAUAAUGAAGGUAUUGACUACAACGAGGUAUUUUCUCAUGUAGUAAAACAUUCUUCUAUUCGUAUUUUGUUGGCUUUGGUUGCGCAAUUUGACCUUGAGUUGGCUCAAAUUGAUGUCAAAACGGCAUUCUUACAUGGUGAUUUGGAGAAAGAGAUUUAUAUGUCUCAGCCAGAAGGUUUCAAAGUUGCUAGAAAAGAAAAUUGGGUAUGCAAAUUGCAAAAAUCAUUGUACGGCUUGAAGCAGUCUCCCAGACAAUGGUACAAGCGAUUUGAUAGGUUUAUGAUCGGGCAUAAGUACAUAAGAAGUCAUUAUGACCAUUGUGUAUACUUUCGCAAGCUACAAGAUGGAACCUUCAUUUAUCUGCUUUUAUAUGUUGAUGAUAUGCUUAUAGCAUGUAAAAGUAAAGUGGAGAUUGAAAGGUUGAAAACUCAACUGAGUAAUGAAUUUGAGAUGAAGGACUUGGGAGAAGCUCGGAAGAUAUUAGGUGUGGAAAUUGAAAGAGAUAGAGCAAAGGGCAAGAUUGGUUUGUGUCAAAAGCAGUAUUUGAAGAAGGUACUAUAA